GCUGUACAAGACCUUCCGCGACAACAAGUACGUGUACAUGAUGAUGGAGGCUUGUCUUGGCGGCGAAGUGUGGACCAUCCUGCGCGACCGAGGCUGGUUCGACGACCUCACCGCCCGCUUCUACACCGCCUGCGUCGUGGAGGCGUUGGAGUACCUGCACGCCAAGAACAUCAUUUACAGGGAUCUUAAGCCGGAGAAUCUGCUUCUGGACUCGACGGGUUACGCCAAGCUGGUCGACUUCGGCUUCAGCAAGCGGCUCGGGGCCAGCAGCAAGACGUGGACCUUCUGCGGCACGCCCGAGUACGUCGCCCCCGAGAUUAUCCUGAACAAGGGCCACGACAAGGCGGUCGACUACUGGUCCAUCGGUAUCCUCAUGUACGAGCUGCUCACGGGAACCCCCCCCUUCACGGCUUCGGACCCCAUGAAGACGUACAACAUCAUCCUGAAGGGCAUCGACAUGGUGGACUUCCCGCAGCACCUCUCGCGGAACGCCAUCUCGCUCAUCAAGAGGCUCUGCCGGGAGGCGCCGGCUGAGAGGCUCGGCUACCAGAGGGCGGGCAUCCAGGACAUCAAGAAGCACAAGUGGUUCCAGGGCUUUGACUGGGAUGGCCUGAGAGCGAGGGUCCUGCAGCCCCCCAUUAUCCCCAAGAUCAAGGGUCCUGCCGAUGCGGGCAACUUUGACUCCUACCCUCGAGACGUUGAGGUUCCUACAGAUGAACUCAGUGGAUGGGACUUGGACUUCUAGUGGCUGGGGGCAGUGGGUGCCCUCUGCUGGGAGACUGUGACUUGAACUCUGUUGCGCUCACACGUCACAUGAUGAAGAGAGGAGUGAUUAUUUUGUGGCCUGAUUUUGCCAAGGACGAGGGGAUGCACGGGAAAUUUUUUGUGUAUGUACUGAAAACAGAAAUGAAUGAAAGGACAAUUUAAAAGUGAAUGAUUUCAAUAUUCACAGAUUUUAUGGCCUAUGAUACUGCCUUUCCCAUUAAUAGAGACGAGAACUAUUUUGGCAAUAGUAUAUAUAGUUACAUUCAUUUACACACACACACACACAUACACACACACACACAGCAAAUUUUCAUGUGCAUCCACCACAUAUGAAUACCAUCAACUGAAAGGGAUUUUAUGCUGUGCUAAUGAAAUUUUCGCUCUGAAGGAUAUUUCUUAAAAUACCUGUGUUAUCAGGUAUUCCCUUGAUGUGAAUUGUUAUGAAGGAAAGUUUCUGAUGCUUGACAUGUUGUAGUCCCAUGAAGGCUGUUCAUUUUAACAGCACAUAAUGAUAAAAAAAAGAGUUCAAACUUUUUUUCGUCAGGCACUUGGAUCCCUCAAUAGAAGAUCAACUCCUGAAUACUUUCGGUAGUCUCGUUUGAGGAAGUUCAGCAUAAUAGAAAAUAUGACUCAUUGGUCUAUUUACAUUGCCGUUUCUUUAAAUUCUAAGAUGUAAAUUCCUCCUAAUCUUCUCAAACUCUAUCGAAGCAUGAACAGUAAUCCAUGCUUCAGAAAUCAACAAAGGGAUUCAUCACCUGAUUUGGUUCAGAGGCUGAAUGCGAACGCAACUUCUAUAUUGAAAUGUACACGUAGUUUGUGCACUCAGGUACUUGAGAAGAAGACCUCUGCUCCCAGUGCAUCACACUGUCUAGAUGCCUUAUUACCUGGACAGGAGGGAGAGCUGCAAAGGAUGAUGCUAAAGUGAUGAGUGAACCAGAAAAAUGAAAAACUAGAGCAGAGGAAAAAGGUGGAGAAAUAACACUCAAAUUAUUUUUUUAAUAAUGAUUCCUCUCUCUCAAGAAGAAAAGACUAGAGGUGAAAUGACUGUGCCAGACAAGGUCUGAUGUUUCAUUUAAAACAGAAUAUUAUUAUCCUAUUUUCAAAAAUCCUUGUAUUUUAAAUUUUCUUUUGUAUGAAAAUUAUUUAUCAGUGUUAGAAAAGAUUUAUUGCAUAAUGUUCUUCUUCCUCUUUCAUAUUAUGCAUUGAUUCUUUGUGAAAGAAUUAGCAGGAAAUCCUUUACUGUGCUGUUUGUCUUUUCUUAAGAUAUUACUUAGAGAAAUGCUGUCAGACUGGAAUGUACAUACCUUCUGUCAGUGCAUCUUUUGUAAAUAAAUUUCAAAAUAUUUUA